CGCUCUGCCCGGCUCUGCUCUAUAUGUGGCGCUCAGGCAACUCGAGGAAUCUGCUCCAAAUGCUUUCCAUAUUAGUUCAGAGCCUCUCCAGUUGCAAAUAGCAGCACGGUUCGGGCCUUUCUGUCAGCAGGGAGGGGAAGGGAAAGGGAGGGGGUGUGAGGAGCUGCCGUCAACCAGUGGGGAGAAGUAGUCACCAGUAGGACAGUGGAGAGAAGCGUAAGUGAGGAGCACAGAGAGAAGGAGAGGAAGAAAACAGAGAGAGCAAGGAAGUAGAGAGACAGAGAGAGAGACAGAGAGAGAGACAGAGAGAAGAGAGAGAGAGAAGAGAGAGAGAGGCUUCCACAGCCAUCGGAACGGGAGAAUACCAGCAGACAGAGUCUUGGAACGAGCCUGGAAGGAAGUGCGUGAUGGGAGCCCAGAAAGAGAAGAUGGGCCAGGCGGACCACAGCCCGGCGAGCGAGGAGGUCCACAAGUGCUGCGGCUGCCGCUUCCCUCUCCUCAUCGCCCUGCUGCAGCUGCUCCUGGGCAUCGCCGUCGCUGUCGUGGCCUUCAUCAUGGCCGCCAUCAGCCCCUCUCUGCUGGCCAGGGAGACGCCCCACUGGGCAGGGAUCAUCCUGUGUGUGGUGUCCCUGCUGGGCUUCGUCCUCUACUUGAUAACCUACCAGCCUGAUGAGAGGACUUCCAUGCAGUUCCUUGUCAAGGUGCUCUACUUCCUGCUGUGCUCUGUGGGCGUGGUCAUCUCCGUGCUGGUCAUCGCCUUCCAGGGCCACCACUACUCGCAGGCCAACGGCUUCAGCUGCCUGGAGGACGGCGAGGACUGUGUGUGCACGCUGGACCCCAUGGACCCCAUCGCCCGCACCUUCCGCUACGAGGCGGUGGCCGACUGCUCGGUCGUCAUGGACACGCUGAAGAUGUUCUUCCUGCUGCAGAUGGUGCUGAACCUGGUGCAGGCGCUGGUGUGCGCCACGGGCGCGUUCAUCACGUGGAAGCACCGCUACCAGAUGUUCUUCGCCGGGCUGCAGGUGGGCUCCCCCUCCACCCAGCACUGGCAGAAGGUGUGAUGGGGAGACAGGGGACAAGGCUGAGGGCUCCAGAGAGACAGAGGCAGAGACACCCUCUCACUUGCCUCAUGAACACUGUGUGUGUGUGUGUGUGUGUGCGCCUGCUGUCACCAAAUCCAAAUUGACCACAUUGUGGCUGCUGUAUUUUUUCUAAUAUCUCACUUACCUGUAUGACAGUGCUGAGCUCUGUAUGUAUGUGUGUGUGUGUGUGUGAGAGAGAGAACGAGAGAAAGAGAGAGAGAGAGAGAGAGAGGGAGAGAAAGAGAGAGAGACUGCUGACCUUUUCAUAUUUUCAUAUUUUUUCUAAAUGGGCUUUCUACACCCUUUCUAGAAAAAUGUUUCCUUAGAAAUGUGUUCAUGCUGGUGCCAGUGCAAGAGACCUGCCACUUCUGACAGACAAAAGUUAUGAUGCUUUUAUUAUUUAGUAAUAUGGCUGUGUACACUGGGGUGAGGAACUAGGGGCAACACAAGUGUGAUCCCUGCUUUCCCCCUGCACUUACACUUUCCUUUUGACAUAGAUAGCUUCAUCAGCACUAUUGCCUCAUACAGCAUUUAAAACAAACUUAAGAUAACUUUAAAUCAUGAAUAGAAAUGUCAUCCAGUUGACAAGGCUGCCAGAUAUCAGGGAAAGUCAUCCAGGCCUUCUGAAUCAUGCUCUUUGUCUUUGUUACUUAACGGUCCUAAAAGUGUUUACUACUUUAAGAAGACUUUUAUUUUGACCUCCUCCUGAGCUGUGCAAACCAGCUGUGGGAAGGUUGCCAGAGAGGCAGUCUUGCAGUAGCAAAACAGUCCUUGGUUUUGUGUAUAAAAUACUUUUCAUUUUCUACAGGCUUGUCUUGCUGUGUCCUGAUAUCCAUUUUCUCCAGAUUAAAUCUGUGUUUAGUUACAUCCUUCUUCUUUUGCUUGGGUUGCUUUGUUUGUUGAAUUCUUUCUCGCUUUUUUCUAAUGAGGUUGUACGACAUAUCAUUUUCUCUUUGCAUAGUCAGUAUCAUAUCAACACGCUUAAAGGGAAAGAAAUCAGUGACUGUCUCUAAUUGAGAGAAAAUGACAAGUGGUGUUGUUUUUCUGACCGCAAUCACAAGCACAACAACAGGCAACAUUGUGAGGUGGGGCCAGGGGGCCGCCUGGCCAGUCCAAUGGGCUGGAGUCACGAUCCAGGCAGCCACUGGAAACCUCGCCGCUGCCACUGCUGCCGCUGCUCCUGCAGUCACUGCCAGAGACAGUAGGGGAGCCGGGGGGCUCGAGGGGUACUCAUACACCCGACUGCACAAAGACACAAAGCUAAUAGAGACAUUAACUGCCAUGCGCUCCGUAGAGAGGCAGAGGAGUUUGGAGACCACUGUGUUAGACCCAGGAGUUUGAACACGCCAAACAGAAAAGGCUCAUCAAACGCAAAGUGUUCCUGGGUAUUUAUUUCUUUUUCUGUUGGGAUUGGUCGACUCAAUAUUGUAACGAUUUAAGUUUUCUGAGAAGUCUUUGUGGCGUUUGUAGGAACAUGUCAAUGUCUGAAAGUUUUUUCCAUUUGUUGAUUUUACAGUGUACACACAGAGAUGUAUUCUCAUUGGAUGCAUUAGCAAGAGGUCUUGGGUCUGUUGCUACGCUCACGUGCACAGGUUACACAACCAUGGCUUAAACAGCUCAGUCCACAUUCUCUAUGUAUGACUCAUUUUCUUUUUUUCAAUAAAAGAUUACAUGUAAAAAAAAAAAAA